AUGAUCAAUCCGAGAAGCACCAAACCUGGCCCUAUCCGCUUCGCGAUUCCGGUCGUCGCUACAGCCGCCAUCGGCACAGCUCUCUACUACCGCACUCGCACAUCCAGCAACAAAACCCCGAAAGGCGAGGAGCUUCGCAAGCAGCGCUCUACCGAAGGCCUCAGCGGCGCUGGUCUGGCAGGUUCCGACUUCCCAUCAGGGGGAGCGCAUGAGGGUGUUCCCCAUACCGACGCCUCUCGGCAUGAACUCCCGUCUUCCGGCGCUAUCGGGGCGGGAGAAGGUGGCGGAAACACAAACGUGAGGGCUGUUGAUAUGUUUCAAAGCCCGCCAUCGAGUAGCGAUGCCUAUCCCUCGUCACAAACGCAGCAGUCUGGUGCCCGGGAUAAAGAUAAAACCUCGAAAGCGGCCACGGCAGGCGCUAAGUAA